UAUGUGAGAGGAUAUUUGUCAGAUCUUCAAAACUGAACCUCUUCUUCUUCUCCUGCUAUACGUCUCGGACAGAGACUUGCCGCUCCACAUGACGCUGCUACAAUAAACCAUUUCUGUUUAUUGUCUGCUGAUUUUUCUCUGCAACUGCAAAUUUGAUCAGCGAAACCGCAGAGGUUUUUCGUUUUUCGUCUUUUUUUUUUUUUUUUUUUCUUUUUACUCCCGAGGAGCAAGGAAAAGUAAUAGAAAAGAAGUACGCAGAGGUUGUAGCGAGUUAGGGAAUUACCGAGUUGGUUUUGCUCGUCAAAAAUGCAAGACAUCCACGCGAUAGGAGGCGGAGGGCGGUUGUUUGGUGGCGGAGGAGGAGACAGGCGGCUGAGGCCGCACAGCCAUCACCAGAAUCACCAGGCGCUUAAGUGCCCGCGCUGCGACUCUCUCAACACCAAGUUCUGUUACUACAACAACUACAACCUUUCCCAGCCACGACACUUCUGUAAGAGCUGCCGACGUUACUGGACUAAAGGCGGCGUGCUCCGCAACGUCCCCGUCGGCGGUGGCUGUCGUAAGGCCAAGCGCGCCAAAUCCAAGCCGUCUAAUCCUGACUCUUCAGCCGCGGCCGCGGCCACUGUCACCGCCGCUACAACGACAAUGACGUCGAGCCAGCAACACCGAGACCGCAAAGCCAGUUCUCACUCUAGCAGCGAGAGCUCCAGUUUAACCGCUGCUAAUUCCAACGCGAUUGUCGCCACAGCUUCUACGAAAGCCGGUGCCGUUGCUCUCACCAGUGCUGCUGCUACGGCUGAGGUGUCGGGGCAUUCUUCUGGCUCUGUUUCCAAUUUGCUCAACGUCAAUGACACGAAGUUCUACGGACAUGCAAACGCCAACUGCGGGUUCGAGUCAGGGACGUUGCUUCCUGAGCAAGGUUCGGACUGCGGGAUAUUCUCGGAGAUUGGGAGUUUCACGAGCCUGAUAACUUCGUCGUCGAACGAAACGAUGUCGUUUGGGUUCGGCAACAUGUUAAGCCAAGCGCAGGGCCUGGACCAGAACCCCGAGCAGUGGCAAAAUCAGGAACAACAGAAGAUGGUGAAUAUGGGCAGUGGAGGAGAGGAAUUGAAGAUGCAGGAGAUCACCGGCGGAGGAUUGCUCGAUCAAACGGUACAGCUGGAGUUGUCGGCGCUGCAGGGUAGAUCGGGGAAUGGUGGAUUCGGAUCGUUGGAUUGGCAAGCGGGCGGAGAUCAAGGUUUGUUUGAUCUUCCUAACGCCGUUGAUCAGGCUUACUGGAGUCAGGGUCAGUGGACUGAUCAAGAUCAGCCUAGCCUUUAUCUCCCCUAAAUUCCUUACUCUUUUUUUUUCUUAAUUUAUUUUUUUGACUACCAAAAAAAAAGACGAAAAAAACAAAAACUCUCACGAAAAAAAAAUCAAAACAAAUCAACGUAAAGAAAUCAAGGGAGUUAAGAAUAUGAAAAUAUAAUUAUGUUGUUCCUGUCUGUAAAUUUUUUAUAUAUUUAAUUUUCUUUUUUUUUUCUUCCGAGGGGAUCGAAUUUAUUUUGGUGAUUAAUCGGAAGAAGGUGUUUCAGUGUGAUAUUUUCCUUUCUAUCUGCAACUAA